AUGGAAUCAUACCGAGAAAAGAUUUCUCAUAUAUUACAAAAAGCCACAAUUCUAGUUGGUCAAACUAAUAAAGACAAAAUUAAUGAUACCACUGCUAAUAGUGGUACUAUACCUGAAACGCUUGCAACAAGACUCGAAAUAUAUGAACAAUGUAAAGAAAAAAGAAGAGCACGAACAACUAAUGAUAAUUUAGAGAAGGGUGAGAAUAUUUCUGCGGAAUUCAUAAAAGAAGAGCACCAACAGUAUCUGGUGAAAGAUACUGAUAAAGACAUUAACAAAAAAUUGCUGCAAACACACUAUGUGAAAUUGUGUCUGGAGACAUUGAUCGAAUUGAAUAAUGCUUUCCGAGAGAGUAAUGAAAUGAAAGCAGCUCAACAACAAAAACAAUCAACUGUGGAUGUAAGUAAUGAACUUUUGGGUGUGAGAGAUCUAAGACUGAUUCAUACGAUGUUAGAGAUUGUGAUCAGUUGGGGAAUAUAUCCAUGCUUGAUGCCUGGUGCUGGAAUUCCACUUUCGCAACGUAGUAUAUCUGGGUUUACUCAAGCUGAGAUAUUAGAUGACCUUAACAAAGAUGAAAACGAUCAUAUUUCGAAAACGAUUGACGAUCCUCGUGCACAAUAUGUAAACCUAUUCAAUCUUAUGGAAUCCUUGAUCUCAAUCAUUUUUUCUAGUAAUUAUAAUGAACUAUCAUGUAACUACACCAGCAUCUCGCAAAUAUUGUUGACUCGGCAUCUUAUUGAUAUGUAUGCCGCGCUGUUACAACUAGCGUAUGGGCCUAUGCCAAAAAUUGGUGAUGUGGUGAUUGUGGGGACUCGGGAUUCAAAAAAUAUCACGAAUAAAAAACAAAUUUCUGAGCAAGGUUCACCCGUUAAUGUGAAUGAGCAAGAUACAUAUGUUAUUGAAUCACCGUUAUUUGCGUCGUCAAGAAAAGUUGUAAAUAUUGAAAAAGCGCGUCAAGAAAGUUUUAUCAUGUUUAGCAGAUUGUUUGAGAGAUCCGAUGAUUAUCGAUCUUUAGAAUCAUUAAUGAUGUUAUUAGGGGCUUCGCCGUUUCAUCCUGCUCCAAAUUGGUUGAAAGGGAUUUGCGGUCGAUUACUUACACACAUUUUGCUGAAACCUGAUGGCGUACAAAAAGUAAUUGAUUUUAUGAUUGGCGGUGAAAGCGAAGUCAAUUUCUCUAAACAAGAGAAUAUAUCUAGGGUAUUGCUAUCUGUACCAGGUCAAAUGACGUCUGUCGAGGAUUAUUUCUCCAAAAUAUGUCCUCAACUUCUUGCCAUUCUCGCAUCAACAACUUCUGACCCUAAUAUAAAUGCAAAAUGCGAGAUAUCCACCACAACAACUGUAGCCGCAUUCACCAUCAUAAAAAUGAACGCAAAAUAUCCAGCGUUAACGAAAAAACUUGUCAUAAAUAAAUUAUUCGAGAAGUUAUCAAAAUGGUGGGAAAUAACGUCAGGACAGGAAAAAUCCAAUUCGACGGUUCUUUUUGAUUCAAGUGUUCAAGGUUCAUCGAUCAUUUCGGAUUUGACUUUGGACGACUCGAUGGUGAUGGAUGAAACGUCUCUUCAGUCAACUAUUAGAGUUGUACAUCGCAUUUUGGUUGGUAGUGAGCCUGCUCCUGAUCUGUUGCAGUCUUUUUUGGAGGAUGCGAUCGCCCCAUUGUAUCAUUUGUAUGCUUUUGCAGUUGUUUCGAAAUCAAAUUUGCGAGAAGCUGUCUUGGACAUUUUACUGUCAUAUUUCAGAAUUGUAACAAAUUCGGAUGGAUUAGAAGCAUUGAAGGAGAUUGUAUUUAGGAAAAGUAAGAGACAUGCAAUACAACCACCAGAAAUUGGUGAUGUGAAUGAAGUGUAUUUUGCACCAGGUCCUUUGGGAGGUUCGGUAAUGAAACUACGUUUGACAAAACAGAAUCUUUCACCUACAACAACAAAUAUCAAUGUAGAUUUAUUUAUUGAUUUCCUGAAAUCUCUUUCGAACAACGAUUUAACUGGUGAUUUUUUCAUGUACCUAUUAAACGAGUACACUGCCGCCAAAGCCGAUCAUUCGCAGACGACAAAUUCGAGACGCGUCCUGACCUUACUUCAUCUUGUUUUAGGCAUGAUUGACUCUCUCGGAUCUGAUAUAUUACAUAAACCAGGCCAAGUGAUUGCAUUUGCUAAUAAUGUAUUGGAGAAUUAUCACGAUCGAGUUGGUAGUGAUGAUCAUGGCUCUCGACAGAAACAGGAGCAACGUGAAAAUAGUGUAGGGUUGAGUAGUUUAGCUAAUAUUGUUUAUGAUGAAGAAAGCUCAGAUGUUGAGUUACCUGAGGAUCAACUGGAUGAAGACGAGACACUUACUUUAGCUUUGACAUUAUUGACGUCCUUAUUGGCUGAGCACAAGUCUCUCUCUACACAAGAUGCACACAUACUCAAUCUUGUUUUCGAAAAUCUAUCCAGAUUCAGGAAUCAUCAAUCUCCCGACGUACGUCAAAUGACGCGUGACUUGCGUUUAGCCAUUUCUGUUCGUAAUGCUGCACGAGCAUCCUUGUCAUCACCAUCAUCUAUCAACGACGAAAAAGAGCGCAAAAGAGAAGAAUCAAUACAAAAGUAUAAAGAAGCUAUGGAAGCAUUACAGGAUGAAAUACUGCCGGUGCGAGCAAGUGGACUGGUGAUACUCAAAGAAAUGAUAUUAGCAAAGGAUCCUUUUAUUAAUGAAGAGGAUAAUCUGUCAAAGGUGUUGGAUAUUUUUAUACAAAUGAUACAAGGUGAAGAAAGUUUUAUUUAUUUGAAUGCAGUUCGAGGUCUUUCCUCGCUCGCAGAAGUACAUGGUCAAACAAUAAUGCAAAAAUUAAUGAAAUGGUAUGAUAAUCCAAAUGAGAAUACCGAUAAUCGAUUACGCGUGGGCGAAGCGAUAUUACAGACAAUUCAAAGAUGUGGUAAGGCACUUGGGAAAUACAUCACUACUCUGCUUCCACCACUUCUUCACGUCCUCGACAAGGAUCAGAAUGAACAAUUACGCGUCUCAUCACUGUCAAUUAUCGGGAUUGCAUGUCAAACAUCUCCAUACGCGUUGUCUAUUUGGUUUGACGAUUUAGUCGGAUGGAUAUUGAACAUUUUGGAUUUCGAAAAGAUGAUGAUUGAGGUUCGAAGAGCAUCAGUUGUACUGCUGAUAUCUUUAUUUCGCGGUCUUGCUGUCGAUACAAUACAACAAAUUCGCGGGGAUCUAUUGAAACGAGCCUACAUUUCUUUGCGAUACAUUGAAAAUACUGAUACCGAUGAUUUGACCCGGUAUCAUGCAAGAGUGUGUCGUAGUGAUUUGGAUGUAAUUGUCAAAGGUUUUCUAACAAAUGGUAAUGAUGAGUGA